AUGGCUGCUGAAGAGAAUCAGACACAGGUCAGUGCUGCUGUUCUGGCUCAGCGUGCUUCACCUCCAUCCACCGGGAGCAGACCAGGCAGAGAGGCUGGAAAUGUAAAGGACAGCCUGAACGGACGGAGAUACUCUGACCAAUCAUGGAAUUUCAAACCACGGAGUAGCCCAUCCCUCCUGGUAUAUAGGAAGUUGUCAUGUGACAGUGGGAAAGAUACACUUUUGAACGAGGAAUACAAGAUUUUGGAUUAUGGAUCAAAACUGUUGAGUAAAGAAGAGAAACUUUGUCCAGAGCAGCUGACUGGCAAGAGAACUGAAGGAAUAACUUCCAAUUUUCCUCCAUUACCUGGAAAAGGUUUGGAGGGAUCUUUGUGCCAGCUGGACACUUCUGCAGAGGGUGUGGAUGCCUGCAGAAACAGAACUGGCAGCACGCACUGCUCCUGCAACAUGUCGAGCCUGAAGAGGAGUCCACAUAUCUACUGUUAUGACAGCCACAGAUCCAGUCCGAGCCCCGGCUCCAGCCCUCUUCCCAGUCCUCAUCUCAGCCCGUCUCGGCCAAGGCAACGGCACAUCCGCCGCAGCAGCAUGCCCGUGUCUAUGCUGGCUUUCCACAAGACAUCAACCUGCCAUUCUUCUCAGUGCAGUACAUGCAGUGAGCCAAGCUCUUUGGCAUCAUCUCCCUGUGGUUCCCCUCUGGCCACCCACCGCCAGCAUCACCAAAACGGACAAAUCGAACGGCGUCAUCCAAACGAUGGCUACUCGAGUUUGGAGAGGCUCAAUCGAAGGCCUCGAGUUAAUAAAUGCUCCCUGGAGAAACUUUUCCUCUUACGGGCAUCUCUAGAAACAAUGACAUCCACCAGUAACAAAGAGAGGUUGUCCCCAGAGGUGAUGAGGACCUGCAGCGGGGGAAGCAGCACUGAUGAAGAGGAUGGAAACAAUGUCUGUGGUGACCCAGAGUUUGAUAGAAAUCGUAUAGAGCGUUCCACCGUCCUGGUGAGGCGCUUCUUCAAGAAUAAUCAAAAGGUGACCAAGACAGUGUGUACCGGAACCCGAGCGAUUGUCAGGACGCUGCCGUCGGGAUGCAUCUCAGAGGAGGUCUGGGAGUUGAUUUUCCAUCGCAGGACUCGGAGUCCUAAGAAGACAGACUUAUCGGCAAUCUUACUGUGCAGCAUGAGAGAAGACGUCCGAUUCUGCAGAGGGAUACUACGUUUUGUUGGAGAUAAACUAAAGCAGGUAACCCACUAUGUGCGGGACAGAGAGGAACCAAACCUGAUCCAUCCCGCCAAAAAGCUCCUGCAGCCUCGCCCUGUAUGUGUGUGUCUCAGAGAGUCAUCGCACACUUGCAACGCCAUUCAAGCCGGACUAGAUCGGAACCUCUCCACUGAUGCCCGGAGGUCUCCUUAUCCUCUGAGGCUUUAUCGUGCUUGUGACCAGAGGACAUCCGUGUGUUCCCUGCUGACAGGAUCUCUACUGGAGGCCACAGCCGCUCUCGGUGCCCGUUCCACUCUAACUUACCCGAUGCCACAAGGCCCCAACGGCCACGCCGUGCUGAAAGAGCGUCAGCUGGCUAACAGUAUGAGCAGCAACAGCUCUCUUCCUCCCAGCAUCAGUGGGAUUAGUAAGGAGCUGGCAGAUGUGCGCCACCUUGUUCAGUUUCCCGAGGAGAUCGCCUGUAUCCUCACCGAGCAAGAGCAGCAGCUCUACAAACGGGUCUUUCCCUUGGACUACCUGUGUUUCUUGACUCGAGAUCUGGGCAGUCCCGAGUGUCAAACCAAACGCCACCCGAGCCUCAAGGCCUCGCUGUCAGUGCCUGCUAUGCCUACCCAGGGUGCCCAGCGCAGCAACGCUGUGGAGGACCUAGUGGCACGAUUCAAUGAGGUGAGUUCUUGGGUGACGUGGCUGAUCUUGACAGCAGGGUCCAUGGAGGAGAAGAGGGAAGUGUUCUCAUACCUCGUCCAUGUGGCUAAAUGCUGUUGGAACAUGGGAAACUACAACAGUGUCAUGGAGUUCCUGGCUGGACUCAGGUUUAAAGGCACACACCAGUCCCGUAAGGUGCUGAAGAUGUGGCAGUUCAUGGAUCAGUCUGACAUCGAAACAAUGAGGAGCCUGAAGGACGCCAUGGCUCAGCACGAGUCUUCUGCUGAGUACAAGAAGGUGGUGACCAGAGCUCUGAAUAUCCCAGGAUGCAAGGUGGUGCCAUUCUGUGGGGUUUUUCUAAAAGAGCUUAGUGAUGCUUUGGAUGGGACAGCAAGCAUCAUUAGCCUCAAACAGCCUCCAGAUCACACAGAGGACUCAAUAGAGUUUGUUUCUGAGUACAGCGGCCAGCACAACUUCAUGUCGCGCUCUGGUUCAGACGGUCUGCACGUUCCAGAGAAGGAAGCUACCGUCAGCAACAUCCUCCAGAUUAUCAGAUCUUGUAAUCGUAGUUUGGAGGCAGAGGAUCCUGAUGAUGCCUCCACCAGUCCUUCUUCUACCGGCCCAUCCCUUUCAUCCCGAAACAACUCCUUCAGGGACCGCUGCCGCAAUCACUCACAUUCAUUUAGGAUGGCGCCAGAAUCAAACCGUGCCCUAUUCAUGGUGGGAGACUUGUCGGAUUCUGAGGGCGACCUGUCGUCUGAGUCGUUGGUGAAAGAGGUGGAGUUUCAGGGAACCGAGGAGACACACAGAGCUUUCAGCCAUGGCACUGAGCUCAUACCCUGGUAUGUGUUGUCGCUACCGCCAGAUGUUCACCAGUUUCUGCUGCAGGGAGCCACAGUCAUCCACUACGACCAGGACAGCCACCUCACAGCUCGCUGUCUGCUGCGACUGCAACCCGACAACACAACCCUCACCUGGGGUAAGCCUCAGAGCGGAGGGGCUUCCCCCUCAGAGCCACCUCUGGGAUUAGGACAGGCUGUGGUGGCAGGACUCGCAGAGGGCCUUCUGGACCUGGGAGUUGUGAAGGCAGUGUUCCUGGGUCAUCAAGGAGUGGACGUUCAUGCCGUAUGUUUACAAAACAAGCUGAGUCAGAUGACAGUCGAGGAGAAUGGUCUCAGCCUUCUCUAUGGCCUCAGUACCACUGACAACAGACUGCUGCACUUUGUGGCCCCUAACCACACUGCACGGAUGCUGCAUAAGGGCCUGUCAGAGUUGGUGAAUGCAACCAGGAAAUUAAAGAAGUUUCCUGACCAGAGGCUGCAGUGGCUGAGGAGACAGUAUGUCAGCCUGUAUCAGGAGGACGGGAGGUACGAGGGACCUACACUGGCCCAUGCCAUCGAGCUGUUUGGUGGGCGCAGGUGGAACAUGGGUAUAGGUGGAGUGGAGAAAUCUGCUGCCCAGAAAAACAGCCCCCUGAGCAUCAACGAUAAAGCCAAGAAGAAGAAGAAGGUCCUUGUCAGGGGAGACAGUGGGGAUGCCACAGAUGACGAGAUGGUUUCCAGGAAAACACGGAGCUGUAAGGAGGGACUGUACCGAAACGGACCAGAGUCUGACAGCAUCGACCAAGAUGAUCCAGACGACAACUUCCCUGGACCCUUCUCCCUUACAUCCAAUAAGAGCCCUGGAUUGCUAGCCUCCUCUUCCUCCUCCUCCUCUUCCUCCAGCGUGGCGGGAUCUAACCAGUCCCGCCCACAAUCCUCUCCCGUUCUCUCAGGAAAUACCAAGUCACAACCAGGUUCUUGGAACAGCAGGUCGUGGCACGGUCGAGGUAAAGGCUGUUUCAAAGGCUUCCAGAACCUCAUGAUUUCAGACAGCACGAUGAGCUUCAUUGAGUUUGUCGAGCUCUUUAAGUCAUUCAGUAUCCGCAGCAGAAAGGAUCUGAAGGAGCUCUUUGACACCUUUGCUGUCCCCUGUAGUCGUUCCAGUCCAGAAUCUGCUCCUCUCUACACAAACCUCAGCAUAGACGACAAAGACACGGGGCUUCAGCCAGACCUCGACUUAUUAACUCGCAAUGGUUCAGAUCUCGGCCUGUUUAUCCGAACAAGGCAGCAGAUGUCAGACAACCAGAAGCAGAUCUCAGACGCCAUUGCAGCAGCCAGCAUUGUUACCAACGGGACAGGCGUGGAAAACUCUUCUCUAGGGGUGUUGGGUUUGGCUAUCCCUCAACUCAACGACUUCCUAGUCAACUGUCAGAGAGAGCACCUGAGCUACGACGAGAUUCUCAGCAUCAUACAGAAAUUUGAGCCUUCAGCAAGCAUGAGACAAAUGGGUUGGAUGUCAUUUGAAGGCUUCGCCAGGUUCCUGAUGGAUAAGGAGAACUUAGCUUCUCGUAUGGAGGAGUCACAGAUUAACCAGGAGGAGCUGCAGUACCCUCUUUCCUACUACUACAUCGAGUCUUCUCAUAACACCUAUCUGACAGGACACCAGCUCAAAGGAGAGUCCUCUGUAGAGCUCUACAGUCAGGUGCUGCUGCAAGGCUGCAGGAGUGUCGAGUUGGACUGUUGGGAUGGAGACGACGGCAUGCCAGUUAUUUAUCAUGGACACACACUCACCACGAAGAUUCCCUUUAAGGAUGUGGUGGAAGCUGUUAACCGCGCUGCGUUUGUCAAUUCUGACAUGCCCGUCAUCCUGUCCAUCGAAAACCACUGCUCUCUACCACAGCAGCGCAAGAUGGCUGAAAUCUUUAAGACGGUGUUUGGGGAACGUCUCGUGACACGCUUCCUCUUUGAAAGUGACUUCAGCGACGACCCUCACCUACCGUCGCCGCUGCAGCUGCGAGGGAGGAUCCUCCUGAAGAACAAGAAACUCAAAGCUCACCAGGCGCCCGUGGACAUCCUCAAACAGAAGGCUCAUCAGCUGGCCCACAUGCAGGCCCAGGCUAGCAAUGGAUCACCAGGGGUUACUUCGCCAAGCAACCACACCAAUGAGGAAGAGGAGGAGGAAGAAGACGAGUACGACUACGACUACGAGUCUUUAUCAGAUGCUGAUGUCCUCACAGCCUCUACUGCCUCAUAUGGCCUUGAAGAUAACAUCCUGGACGACAAGCCGGAGGGGAAGAGCUCGGUGGACAAAGAAGAGCAACCUGUUGAUGAAAUACCCAAGAGGAUGAAAAAGUCUGAUAGCACUACACAGAGCAAAGGAAAGGUGUUUGAUAUGGAGCUGGGUGAGGAGUUUUACCUCCCUCAGAACAAAAAGGAGAGUCGACAGAUUGCCCAGGAGUUGUCCGACCUCAUCAUCUACUGCCAGGCUGUGAAAUUCCCUGGCCUGUCCACGCUGUCUCCAGCCGGCUCUGGCAGGGGGAAGGACCGCGGAAAGAGCAGGAAGUCCAUAUUUGGCACUGCUCCUGCUCGCUGCAGCACAACAGGAGAGGUCAUGACCCAGAACCGCACCCCUGGGAGAGGUGGCACCGAGCGGCUAAGCUGGGAGGAGCAGCAGCAGACGUCCCCCACCCUCAACCCCCCCACCUCUCUCAGCGCCAUCAUCCGCACGCCCAAGUGCUACCACAUCUCCUCCGUCAACGAGAACGCGGCCAAGCGUCUGUGCCGGCGUUACUCGCAGAAGCUGAUCCACCACACAGUGUCUCAGUUGCUCAGGACUUACCCAGCAGCCACCAGGAUCGACUCGACAAACCCGAACCCUAUGCUCUUCUGGCUGCACGGCAUUCAGUUGGUGGCACUCAACUAUCAGACUGAUGACCUCCCCAUGCAGUUAAACACUGCUCUGUUUGAGGCCAAUGGGGGCUGUGGCUACGUCCUGAAGCCGGCAGUGCUAUGGGACCGCAGCUGUCCACUUUAUCAGCAGUUCUGUCCCAUGGAGAGAGACGUGGAGAAAAUGAGCCCAGCCGUCUACUCUCUAACUGUUGUGUCUGGUCAGAACGUCUGUCCUGGUAACAGCGCAGGCAGCCCCUGCCUGGAGGUAGACAUUCUGGGCAUGCCCAUUGACAGCUGCCACUUCCGCACCAAACCCAUCCAUCGAAACACUCUCAACCCCAUGUGGAACGAACACUUUACGUUCAGCGUGCACUUUGAGGACAUGUGCUUCCUGCGCUUCGCCGUAGUGGAAAACAACAGUUCCCAGACGACAGCUCAGAGGACUCUGCCUCUGAAGGCCCUCAAGCAGGGUUACAGACAUGUCCAGCUGAGGACUCAACAUAACGAACCUCUGGAAGUUUCCAGCCUGUUUAUCUACAGCCGCAGAACAGAGGAAGGUCCUACAGGGGGCGCUACUCCCGCAUCACAGCUCUUCAGCUCAGAGGAGAAACGUGUCUCACAGCAGCACAGGGUGACGGUGUACGGGGCGCCUGGUCCUGAGCCCUGCACUGUGUUCAGUGUCACAGAACAGACGACGGCCAAACAGCUGCUGGACACGGUCUUAGCGUUAUCAGGAAACCCUUCAGAGUACUUUCUGUGUGAGGAGAGGAUUCCUCUUCUGAAGGAGCGCAGUGAGGUGAAGCGCUGCGCUCAGCAUCGUCCUCUGGCGCCCGAGGAGGAGGUGCUCAGACUGGUCUCCAGCUGGAACACUGAGGAGGGAUACGUGGGGAGGAUCUGCCUCAAAACCAGAGAGGAGAACUUAAAUGAAAAGAACACAGUGCUGGAGGGGGAGGAGGAGGUGACUGUUGGGGGCAGAGAAGGAGCAGGAGGAGGAGGAGGAGGAGGAGGAGGAGCAGCAGAGGACGACAUGUUCUUCGUCCAGGUCCAUGAAGUUUCACCAGAACAGCCUCACACUGUGAUCAAGGCGCCGCGCUACAGCACAGCUCAGGACAUCAUACAGCAAACUUUAUCAAAGGCCAAGUAUUCCUGCAGUAUCCUUUCUAAUCCCAACCCGUGUGACUACGCCCUGAUGGAAGAAGUUACUAAAGACGUCGGCUCCAAGAAGUCCUCCGCGGCUAAACCGCUGCAGCGUCUGCUACUGGAUCACGAGUGCGUCUUUCAAGCCCAGAGCCGCUGGCGGGGAGCGGGGAAGUUCAUUCUUAAAUUCAAAGAGCAGGUUGUGCGUGAGGACAAAAGAAAGGUCAUUUCCUUUGCCAGUGAGCUGAAGAAGCUGACGAGUCGCAGUCGCAGCAUGACGACCGGCAGCAGCGGCGUGGACGGCCCGGCGCAGAGGUAUCUGUCUGCAGCUGCGGGUCUGAAGGCGUGGGUGGCAGAGGGCAGGGUCGGGACAGGAAGGUUGCUACAGGCCUCUUCCUCCUCUUCUUAUUUUUGGGGCCAACUCCAACCUGUCCACCUGCCCACCUCCUCUCUGACCCCACAAGCCUGGAAGCUCCACCUCCUCAGGAACUGGAAGAUCCACAAAUGAACCCCAGAGAGAAAGAGAGGCUCGACUGACCACAUCUGAAAUUCUCCUUUUUAAGAGGCAAAGAGGAAUUCUGGGAAACGCUCCUGAAGGACUCUGAUCCUGACGACUGAGUUCAGCCCCUUUGCUCGGUUCAAAGUUGGCGUUUCUUGAGAUUUUCUUGAUUGGAAGUCCCGCUAGGCCUCACCUUAGAGUAGUGAUGGUCAUGUGGGCGAGUAGCUCUGGAUCUUUUGGUUGGAGGAGCAGCUGCUGUGUUGUGUUGUAGUGAUCAAGUUUGUCAUCAGGGACACAAAUCAGUCUCUUCUCAAUAGAAAGGAGAGAUCUGUAAGAAAAGAAGGAACAUUCCCUUGACAAUUUCAAGAGGGAAGAGUUGUCGUUUAAGUUUGAGUUUUUUUCUUCUUCCACAAGUAAGACCUGAAAAAAAGUAAGAGUGCUGCACAUUGCAGUGCUGCUAACUACAAGUCUUUAAAACAUCUUUUAAAGUACCAGAGUAAAAUUCAAUACUGAGUAAAGGCUUGUGAAUUUGAUUCAAAAUAAAUGAAACACGCUUCCCUUUUCUUGUAUCUUACAAAAGAAGCACACAGCAGACAGAGGGGAGAUCUGCUCAUGGAGAUGGAAAAGGAGACGUAGUGGAGUGUGAGGUGACACAGUAUUCGUCUCUCUUUCUCAGGGAGCGGCUUUUGAGGCUGAGGGCAUUGUGAAGGAGGCUGACAAGCUGGCUUGUUUGGUUCUUUUUUUUCUUUUUUUGUUGCUCUUUCCAGUGUCACAGUACUGUAACUGCACUCACAGACCGAGGCAACAAUAUUAAGAAACACUUACACUACUGCCUCUGCACUACAGGUGACGACAGCAUGAUGAGGCCGUGGACAUGCACAAUAUUUCCAUGUGCAGUUACAACCUUUUUAUCACUUUGUGGCAACACUGCCCUUACUUUCCUCUACACUGACCGUCUGCUGCUUCUUCCAUUACAGAUUUUUAGCUCUUCAUCGUUGAUAACAUCAGAGGAAUCCUAUUUUAUUAACCACUGAAAUGAACUCAAACAAAGGGUUUUAAGGUAUUAUCAUUGAGAACUGCUGAUUUGAUUUGGUGUUAAUUUAAGAAAAGAGGUGAUGGUUGCUAAAAGCUGUCGAGUGGACUAAACAUUUGUUAACCACAGUGAAAUCUGCAAAAUUAUAUGAAAGGAUUAAGUAAUCAUUUAUCGAUCAGAAAGGAGGUUUUGGUCCAUGAAGUGAUCCUCGACUCCCGCCUGAUGCUCAAAGAGCAACAAACCAAGUUAGGAAACAACAAUUCUCUUCAAUGUGAAGUAGAACAUGUUGUAGAGCGUGAUGUAGAACAUAAUGUAGUACGAGGUGAUCAUUGCAUAAAGAUCCUUUAGAAGGACGCAGCUCGGUCUUCUCCAAACAGCAUUUUGCACAUUUUCUUUUUCUUUCUUCUUCUUCAGUGUUUUCGUGUCACUGCUCAGUGACUGAUGGACUCUUGGGUUGUGUCGGGAUGGAUUAAUGUGAUUCUUUUGUUUUUUAUUUUUUUAUUUUCAGCCCUGUUAUGAAUUUAGAAUCGAGGAAAGAACAGACUGUAUUUUUCAAUCCAGUCUGGACAUUUAGUCUGAAGCCACAUUACAGUUACACACAAACAUUUGACUGAUUAGUGUUCCAUUAAACUUAAUUUGUUAGCUGACAGUUUCUGUCUUAUGGAUUUUGAAUGCAGUACCUUUAUAGAUUACUAAUAUUGAUUUAUCGUCAAUGAUGGUAGACUUUUCCUGAUUUCUUAUUGCUGCUCUUUUCAAAAUGAAAUCAACCUUUGUGUAUUUGGGGCCAUUUAUCCCUUUUUUUGUUUUGAUGUGAAACAUUUCCAUAUUUAGAAAGAAAACUUUGACUUUUUGUUGAGCAUUUCAUUUAUUAAUACAAUACUCUUAGUGUAGUAUUGUUAAAAUCAAAAGAGCGCACAUCAUUUUUAAACCUCUAGAAAAAUGUUUCACUGUCAGAGAAACUCCAAUCAUGGCUUUUAGAUUACAAAGAAAUCUUUAUCAUGAUUAGAAACCACAGAGCUGCCUCCUGCACUCUGUUCUUACCCUACUUAGUCGAACAUUACAGAGACUAUUGUGUUUUAGAGUUUAGUAAAACUGAGCUGUACCCUGCAAUUCUACAAUUCAUUUAACAGACGCUUUCAUCCAAAGCGAUGUACUUCAUAGAGUAAGUACGACACAAGCCAGGAUCUAGAGCGGAGGAAACAACGUCUGUGAGUGUAAACGAACAGCUUGAAGUCUGAUCAGACACACGGGUGCUGACAGGAAGUGACCAGAGGCAAAGCACAACAUCCACAGCUGUUCUAGAGAGUUCUAAUCAGCAUCCAAACCAUCCUAGUGUUAUGAAUGAAUUCCUUAAGUAUACAUGCAGCAAAUAUAUUUUAUUAAACCAGCAAACAGUGAACUCCUGAUGCUACAAUUUAAAGUCAAAACACGAUUUGUUGUUAUUUGGAAUAAUUUAUUUUGUGAUGGUAUGAAAUGUUGCCACACCCCCUCAGAGAGAAAUUAGCUUUUUGUCCUUUACUUAGUUUUUAUUUAACAGAAGUGCUGAGUAGUCCAGUUUGAAUUUUAGUGCAAUAGAAAAGUGAAACACGUUUUUUUUUUCUUUUUUUGUCUACAUUGAAUCUUCCUUUCCUCCUGAGCUUGACAUGUUUCAGGCAGUCGGAUACAUUAGGUGAAUGUUAAUGAAGGUCGAUCAGAUUGUGAUCCAAGAAAUAUCACGACUCAGAAAUCUCUGUAAUUGUUUUACACUUUAAGAGUUGAGUUUUUAUUAAAGUUAUAAAAAAAAAAAGAAAAGGUCAGACUUUCCGAGAGAAGACUCAACCCAAGCUGAUGGACCUGUGUGAGACAGAAAGGGACAUUUUCUGUUUUAUUGUUAAUCUGUUAUCAUCUCCAUCCUUCAGGCAGAGCAGUGUUCUUGUUUCCUUUUCUUUCUAACUUGUAGACCUCAUUUCUGAAUGUAUCAUUUCUUCAUGUGUUGAACCUGAGAAAAACGUGUGUUGAUAUUAUUUAUUGAAAUGUGAAGCCCUGGUUGGCUAUUUUCUUGUUGAACUGUUGUCAGUGUAAUUUCCUGUAAGUAGUUUAAAGUAUUCUUUUUUUUAUUUAUUUCAGCAUUUGACAGGAUGAACACUUGCUCAAACGUUUGUAGAGAUGUCAAUAAAUAUUCUCAUUUGUGUCAAACCUUCAGCGUAGUAUCAUGUGGCUUGUUGUCCUUCAGUACACAGCAGCAUCUUUGAACGUUUGUUUAGUGAGUCGAAGUAACUGUGGACAAACUGAGACUUAGAGACUUUAUUGAAAUGUUGUUGUAUCCAUUAUAUCUCCUGAAUACGACAAACUGUAUUAGUUUGUUUCAUCUUUAGCAAACUGUUGUUUCCAUAAAAUGUGCAGUAUACCCUUUAACAUCCACUAUCGCUGUCAUGAUGUGGCUGUCAAGUGAACAUUUGUCUACUUGAAUUUUUAUAUGGAUUAGAAUUGUUGGAUUUGUCAAAUAUUAUCAUCACAAUAUAAAUAAAUAUAUAAAUAUGUUGAAA